AUGGAGGGGGAUAUUCGUACAUCUACCGACAAUUCCUAUUCGAACUUGUCACUGCCUCGGCCCGGAGGAUCUCAGGUCACAGAAAAGCGCAGGCUAUUAUUGAUCUAUAUCCAUGGCUUCAUGGGCUCCGAGGCUAGUUUUCAUGACCUUCCACUGCAUGUUCAUGAUCUCUUGACAGGCUCUUUGAGCGAGUCACAUAUCGUGUACACUCGCAUGUAUCCUCGCUACAAGUCUCAAGGCGAAAUGCAAACGGCGGUGAACCAGUUCAGUACCUGGCUCUCGCCCCAUGAAGCAGAGGACCUGGACGUUAUCCUUUUGGGACAUAGUCUUGGCGGGAUUCUAGCCGCAGACGUUGCACGCCUGCAACAAGACGGGCAACAGAAACAUCGGAUCUUAGGAGUUGUGGGGUUCGAUGUGCCGUUUCUAGGAAUCCAUCCCCGUGUGAUACCCACUGGGACCAUGGGGUCAAUGCCAAAGAAGAACCCCGCGCCUGAGGAAAAGCUCGCGGACGAAGAACGAUCGCUCGGCUUGGAACCGGCAUUCAAACCAGCUCCUAGUCCUAACUUCGAUCCUCCAUUCAUGAAUGAUGUCCGCUUGGUUGACCGUGGCUUUUUCAAGGGUCUUAUGCACUUUGUCAACAAAAAUACUGACAAUCUAUCACGAUCCAUCUUCGAUCGCGUCAUGUCGCCCUUGAAAUUUGCGGGCUGCGUCAAUAACUACUCCGAGCUUCGUCAACGAUACCGGCAUCUGAUGGAACUGGAAGCUGCGGAGUCGAGUCCCAGCAGAGUACGAUUUGUUAAUUACUAUACGGCGAGCACUGGCCGCAAACCGCAGAAACCCAAGGCGAAACCUCCAAAGAAGGACAAAAAGUCUAAGAAGAAAGAGGAAGAGACCGCAAAGGAAAGUGAAAGCGUUGAGCAAAUCCAAGAUGCAACCGAAAUCAACCCAGAGGAGUCUCCAGAAAAGCUCGAUGUUUCUGAAAGUAUUGAAGCAACCAAAUCCAUGAGCAAUCUGUCAAUAAAAGAGCAAACCUUGGAACCCUCACUAUCUAAUUCUUCACCGAUAAUCGAAAAGACUGGGGAGAAGCAGGACUCCUUCUCAGAGGAUAAUGCAAGCAUGGCACCAUCUACCACAGCCACAAUCGACCAGACCGAGAGCCCGUCCCUCUCAGGAAGCGUCUCCCUCUCAACGGAGAGUGGGUCGCUCUCAGUGACAGAGUCUCCAGAUGUCUCUAAACAGCAACUUCGGAAGUUCAUCCUUUUGCCAUCGCAUCAUUGGAAGUACAACGACAACUCCCACUGGGAGCCAAUAUUAAUGGAGGAUAUGGACGAAGUGAUGGCACAUCAGUCCAUGUUUAUUCCACAGGGUGCGAACUAUGACCAUCUUGUUGGAAACUGUGUGGGUCUAAUUGAAGAGUGGAUUGAGAAUGAUCUUAGUCGACGGUUUCUUCAAGAGAGCCUUGAUUAA